CAGUAACAGAAGGAGAAUGAGAAGUGUUGUGAGAUGUGCUUGUUUAAACGGGUUUCCAUUGGAUCAAAAUGAGAGUGUUUGCAGGUAAACGCUACAACAUGAAUGUGUCUGAGGAGAGAGAGCAUGAUGUCUCUUCCUCUGAAGUCACUCUAUCUGAUCCACAUGACAACAAGACCAGAGCUGUGCACCCACAGACACAGGAGAGACCAGACUCACCUGGACCGACCUGUGUGUCUGUGAGGAGUGACCGGUCAAUGUCUGAACCUAUUGAGUUCAAGAACAUGGGGCCAAGUGUUGAGCUAAGCCCAAUGAAGCAGGAGAGACCAGACUCACCUGGACCAACCUGUGUGUCUGUGAGGAGUGACCAGUCUAUGACUGAACCUGAGUUCAAGAAUGAGGGGCCAAUUGUUGAGUCAAGAUUUCCACGGAAAAGAUCAGUGGUCAUCAAAGGGAGGCCUGCAAAGAAACAUCCACAAAAUCUGGACUCCAUUUUCAUGCUUCUUGAGGAGAGCAUUGUGACAUUUGUGAAGAAGGAGUUGAAGAAGUUCAAGCGAGUUCUAGAAAGUUCAGAACGCUUAGAGGAGCUGAAAGAAGAGGAUGAUUCUCUGGAAGGUGAAGACGAAGAGCAGGGAAGCAGCAACAGAGAUGCAUUUCUGACACUCACACUCAACUUCCUGAGGAACAUGGAGCAGGGCCAGCUGGCUGACUCUCUACAGAGCAGAAGUCUUAUUUCGAUUUGCCAACGUAAACUGAAGUCUAAACUGAAGGAAAAGUUUCAGUGUUUGUUUGAAGGAAUUGCUAAAGCAGGAAACCCAACAUUUCUGAAUAGUAUCUUCACAGAACUCUUCAUCACAGAGGGGGAAGGUAGAGAGGUCAAUGAUGAACAUGAGGUCAGACAGGUAGAAGCUGCAUCCCGAAAAUCAACCAGUUCAGAAACAACAAUUAGACAUGAGGAUAUUUUUAAACCUUUACCUGGAAGAGAGACACCAGUCAGGACUCUGCUGACAAAGGGAGUGGCUGGCAUUGGGAAAACCGUCUUUACGCAGAAGUACAUCCUGGACUGGGCUGAAGGCAAAGCCAACCACAAUAUACAGUUUGUCUUUCCAUUCACUUUCAGAGAGCUCAAUUUGCUGAAAGCAGAAAAAUACAGCUUGGUGGAACUUCUUCAUCACGUCUUUACUGAAACCAAAGAAGCAGGAAUCUGCAGGUUUGAUGAGUUCCAGGUUGUGUUCAUCUUUGACGGCCUGGACGAGUUUCGACUUCCCCUGGACUUCCAAAACAAUGAGAUACUCACUGAUGUUACAAAGCCAACUUCAGUUGGAGUGCUGCUGACAAACCUCAUUAGAGGUAAGUUGCUUCCCACUGCUCGCCUCUGGAUAACAACACGACCUGCAGCAGCCAAUCAGCUCCCGCCUGAGUGUGUUGACAUGGUGACAGAGGUGAAAGGCUUCAAUGACCCACAGAAGGAGGAAUACUUCAAGAAGAGAUUCAGAGAUGAAGGGCACGCCAGCAAAAUCAUCUCCCACGUCGAGGCAUCAAGAAGCCUCCACAUCAUGUGCCACAUCCCAGUCUUUUGCUGGAUCACUGCUACAGUUCUGGACCAUGUCUUGAAAAACAGAGAGAGGGCAGAGCUGCCCGAGACCCUGACUGAGAUGUACAUCCGCUUCCUUGUGGUUCAGACCAAACAGUGGAAUGUAAAGUAUCAUGGAAGUGCGGCAACAGAUCAAGUCUGGACCACAGAAACCAAGGAGACCAUUCUCACUCUGGGAAAACUGGCUUUUGAGCAGUUGGAAAACGGAAACCUCAUCUUCAAUGAAGCAGACCUAAAAGAGUUUGGCAUUGAUAUAAAAGCUGCGUCAGUCUUCUCAGGACUUUUUACAGAGAUCUUCGAAGAUGGCUUUGGACUGAACCAGGACAAGAUGUUCUGUUUUGUCCAUCUGUCCGUUCAGGAGUUUUUUGCUGCACUCUAUGUCUUCCUGACAUUCAGCAACACUGGCAUUGAUCUCCUGAAAAAAAGGCGAUUCCCCUCAGUGCAGAGUGUGCCAUUACAACGUGAGUUUCACUUCACUCUCUACAAGACUGCAGUGGACAAGGCUUUAGAGAGUCCAAAUGGACACCUGGACUUGUUUGUCCGCUUCCUUCUGGGCCUUUCACUGGAAACCAAUCAGAAACUCCUACAAGGCUUGCUGAAAAAAGGGGAAAGUAAACAAGAAGUCAAUGGGAGGCUGGUGCAGUACAUCAAGAACAAGAUCAAGGACAGUCCUCCAGAGAGGAGCAUGAAUCUCUUCCACUGUCUGAAAGAGUUGAACGACAGUUCACUAGUGGAGGAGAUCCAGCAGUACCUGAGAUGCGGGAAUGUCUUUGGAAAGAAUCUCUCGCCUUCACAGUGGUCAGUGCUGGUUUUCAUCCUAAUGUCAUCGCAAAAGGAUCUGGACGCACUUGACCUGAGGAAAUUAUUUUCUUCUGAGGAGGGUUUUCAAAGGCUGCUGCCAGUUGUCAAAGCAUCCAAAGCCGCUCUGUUGAGUGGCUGUAACCUCUCGUCGAGAAGUUGUGAAGCUCUGGUCUCAGUUCUCACUUCCAAGAACUGUAGCCUGAGAAAGCUGGACCUGAGCCACAAUGACCUGCAGGAUGGAGGAGUUAUGCUGCUCUCAGCUGGACUGAGGAGUUCACACUGUAGACUAGAGAUUCUUGGGCUGUCAGGCUGCAUGGUCAGAGAGAAAGGCUGUGAGAUUCUGGCUUCAGUUCUGAAGUCUAACUGCUUAGAUCUGAGAGAGCUGGAUCUGAGCUACAACCACCCUGGAGACUCAGGAGUGGCCCAGCUACAUGCUCUACUGGAUGACCCAUGCUGUAAACUGGAAACUCUCAAGAUUGACCAUUGUGGAGAGCUUCGGCUGAAACCGGCACCUCUUAGGUAUUUCUGUGACCUUUCUCUGGACCCAAACACAGCAGAAAGAAACCUCUUCCUGUGUGACAACAACAGAAGAGUGCUGGUGGUGAAAGAGAAGCAGCCGUAUCCUGAUCAUCCAGAGAGAUUCUACAGCUGGAAACAGGUGCUGUGUAGUGAAGGUCUGACUGGGCGCUGUUACUGGGAGGUCCUGUGGAAAGGAAGAGUUCAUAUAGGUGUGACAUACAGGGGAAUCAACAGGAGAGGUGAAAGCGAUGACUGCUGUAUUGGAUGGAACGAUCAGUCCUGGAGUCUGCUCUGCACCGAUCAGAGUUACACAGCCUGGCACAGUAACACACCUGAAGACACAGAAAAAGCCCCCUGCGGCAAGAAGGUAGCAGUGUAUCUGGACUGGCCUGCUGGCACUUUGGCCUUCUACUGUCUCCCCUCCAUUUUCUCUUCAGACAAACGGAUCCACCUCUUCACCUUCCACUCGACCUUCUCUGAGCCCCUCUUCCCCGCGUUUGGGUUUGGACGAAUGCGUGAGGGUGCAGAGGAUUUAAGAUCCCCGCAUCCCUCAGUUUAUCUGUCACAGAUUGAGAUGUCUUAAGACAGUACCUUAAGAAGAACAAAUUGUGUAGAAAAAGUUAUCUUUACAGCUGAAAUAAUUCAUAUGAGCUCACAGAAACAUGAGCCAGUCAAAAGAUUUAAAAGCAGACUUUAAAGGAAACUCUUGGCAUGCGGCAUGUUGUGGAUAUAAACAAAUAAUGUGGCAAUGCUAAGUUAAAAAGCUAAAGAGACACAAAUCCUAUUCGUAAGCCAAUAUAGACGGUAAAAAGAGAAGCCAAGAUAAGAUACGCUUUAUACAAACAUGUGUGCACAUACACACAUAACAUUUAACUGUUCAAACUAAAAUUGACAAUAACAGAGUUGACCUGGUGGGUGUAAUUGGAAGGGUCAGUGAAGGUUUGGGUGAACCACUUAUUAAGGGGGUCUGGUUAUGGGUAAUAUCAUUCUUGUAAACAGUGUAUUUAAAAGAAAAGGGCAAGGAGUUAUAUCUGUCCCAAUGUAUUUAAAGGUCCACUAUUAUGCAAAAUGCACUUUUUAAUUUAUUUAAUAGAUAUAUAUGUCUCCCUUGUGAAGAGACACAGAACGUUUCAGAAAAGAAUGUUGUCUCUUUCCUUCCUGAUCCAAGUGUGUUGGGGGAGUUAGGUUUCAGGUUCAUACGUGACGUAAAAUUGACAUCAUUUGUGGGUUGUACGGCAUUAGCAACAAACCAACCACUGUAAGCCCCGCCCACCCUCUUUAUUUAUAUAGCACAUAUUAAAAACAGAGGGUUUACCGAAGUGCUUCACAGCAAACAUAACAUUAUAAUAAAAUAUAAUAUUACAAUAAUAGAUAAAAGGCACAUAAAGACUAUGGACAGCCAAUAAAAGCAUACAAAUCGAUAAAACAGCUCCAACUGACUCGAAAGCGAGGGAAAAGAGGUGGGUCUUCAGGCGGGACUUAAAAGUUUGAAGGGUGGGCGACAAUUUGACAUGGGGGUCAGGUCGUUCCAGAGCCUGGGGGCUAUCGCUGAGAAGGCUCGGUCUCCCCUGGUAUUUUUCUUGGUUUUAGGGACUGCUAGCAGCAGCUGGUGUACGCCUUUAGGAGGUCGGAGAUGUACAGAGGGGGCCAGCCCAUUAAGCGAUUUAAAAACAAAUAAUAGAAUCUUAAAAUGAACUUUAAAAUGGACAGGAAGCGAGUGGAGGGAGGCCAGAAUAGGUGUGAUGUGUUCAUGCUUGCGGGUUCCUGUAAGCAGCCGAGCCGCAGCGUUUUGUACCAGCUGCAGGCGUGCCAGCGUGGUCUGGUUCCCCUCCCACAGCACCUCUGUGUGUCUGUGUAUUUUUGGUUGAAACAGAGGGGUUUAUGGCAUGCUAUGAUUCAUAAUCUAUUUGGUAUUUUGAGCCAAACACUUCAAAGACAUGUUUUGUAUAUAUCUGACACCUAUAAUAUAUUGUUGAAAUACACUAUUAUAUGUGACCUUUAAAUGAUGGCAAUUAUCCUACCAGCUGGCCUUCAAUACUUAGGAGCUGGAAAAGAGGUGGUUGUGAUUUAGAGCAAUACAUGUAAAACAGAAUCAGUACAUGUUAUACACUAUAUUAUUAUAUAAGCUCAAAUUUGUAUUUAAAAAUGUAAUAAAUAUAGUUUAUUUUACCUUUUUGCAUUCUUAAUUUGUAUGUGUCUUAUUUUAAGUUCAAUAUUGAUCUAGAAAUCUGCACAGCAACUACAAUCUAAAUCUAUUCAGUUUCAUCAGAACUCUUCACAUGAUUGUAUAUGUGAUAUGAAUAUGUCUUUGUUUUGUUUUUUUGAGGCUAGAGUUUCCCUUCAACCAUUUGUAAUGUGCUAUACAGCGUAAAGGCCAGUAGGGAGCAGGGUGAGCUUAACUUUACUGUUUGUUUUUUUGUAGAAAGAGAACGGCUAUUAUUGAUAUGAUCUCGUUGUGUGGAAUUCAUUUUCAGAAAAUAAAUGGCAUUGCAAACUG